UCUCCGGGAACGUUCGCACCGGAGACAACGCACGGCGGACCACGACGCGCACACGACCACUGUUGUUGUUGUUGUUGUCGCUGUUGUUGUAACAGUCGUUUCCGCCGCCGCCGUCACGUAUAAUAAUUCGCCACACUCGUCGAAUUGGUUUUUGCUAUUUUUCCUAGAAAUCUUCAAUCAUCCGAUCCUUAAUAGUCGGCCACAAAACACGCACGCAAGACGCAUUUAUUAUCAUAAAUUGUAUUUUUCCGGUCUGGUUUCCUCUUUCUGUUUUCCGUUCGACCAUUAUGUAAAUCGCCCACACCGACAACACAGACGACGACGUCCUUCUACGCGUCCGUUUGACGGCUCACCGGCGGGCUGCUGCUGAAGACGAGGACGAGGACGACGCCGAAGACGGUUAAGGCGGCGGCGGCGGCGAUGGUGACGGCGUGCUGCUGCUGCUACGACGACCACGCCGCCACGCCCGAGCUGCGAUGACCGGCCGCGCCGCGCACACGGUGACCACGACGGCAUGGCUUGUGGCCUGCGUCGCCUUUAUGGCGCCGAUGGCGCCGCCGGACGCGCACGCCGCGGCCCCCGGCGGUGGUAUGUUCGGUGACGUAAACAUAUCGGCGAUUCUCGAUUCGUUCAGUUUGAGCUAUGACAAAAGAGUAAGACCAAACUACGGAGGGCCCCCAGUAGAGGUCGGAGUCACCAUGUAUGUUCUCAGUAUAAGCUCCGUGUCCGAAGUACUAAUGGACUUCACGUUAGAUUUCUACUUCAGACAGUUCUGGACCGAUCCCCGGCUGGCGUUCACCAAGCGGCCGGGCGUCGAGACACUGUCCGUGGGAUCGGAGUUCAUCAAGAACAUCUGGGUACCCGACACGUUCUUCGUCAAUGAGAAACAGUCGUACUUCCACAUAGCGACCACCAGCAACGAGUUCAUCCGGAUACACCAUUCAGGGAGCAUAACGCGGAGCAUUCGCUUGACGAUCACCGCGUCGUGUCCCAUGAACCUGCAGUACUUCCCGAUGGACCGACAGCUGUGUCACAUCGAAAUCGAGAGCUUUGGUUAUACGAUGAGAGACAUCCGGUAUAAGUGGAAUGAGGGACCAAACUCGGUGGGCGUGUCCAACGAAGUGUCCCUGCCUCAGUUUAAAGUGCUGGGACAUCGGCAGAGAGCUAUGGAAAUUAGCCUGACAACAGGUAACUAUUCGAGACUGGCCUGCGAGAUCCAAUUCGUGCGGUCCAUGGGCUACUAUCUAAUCCAAAUCUACAUACCCAGCGGACUGAUCGUCAUCAUAUCCUGGGUGAGCUUUUGGCUGAACCGGAAUGCCACGCCGGCCAGAGUGGCGUUGGGUGUCACCACCGUACUGACCAUGACCACGCUCAUGUCGUCCACCAACGCAGCGCUGCCGAAGAUAUCGUACGUGAAAUCCAUCGACGUGUACCUGGGCACGUGUUUCGUCAUGGUGUUCGCCUCACUAUUGGAGUACGCCACCGUCGGGUACAUGGCAAAGAGGAUACAGAUGAGGAAAAAUCGUUUCCUGGCCAUUCAGAAGAUCGCCGAACAGAAGAAGGGCGGCCACGACACACUCGGUCACGGGCACUCGCAUCAACAGCAGCGCUCCGGCCACGGCAACAUGUCCGGCCACAAUACGCUGUCCGGUCACAAUACGCUUUCCGGCCACAAUACGCUUUCCGGCCACAAUACGCUUUCCGGCCACAAUACGGUGUCUCACGGCUUGUCGGGCCACGGUUUGCCACCUUCCCACGGGACAAUGGCCGGCCACGUCGGAUACGACAGCCACCGGCACAGUCACAGUGGCCACGGUGGUCACGGCGGUACCUUGCCAAGCCAAAUCCUUUCUGGAGAUAUGGACCACGCGCACAGACAAACGGAGGUGCGAUUCAAGGCCCACGAUCCAAAGAACUACCUCAAAGGCGGAUCUUUGGAGAACACCAUCAACGGCCGUGGGGACGACGAUUGCAACGUCACCCCGUUACCACCGCAGCACGUCAUGCACCCGAGCAAGGAUAUCAACAAGCUGUACGGCAUCACGCCCAGUGACAUCGACAAGUACUCGAGGAUCGUGUUCCCGGUGUGCUUCGUUUGCUUCAACCUCAUGUACUGGAUCAUCUACCUACACAUCAGCGACGUGGUGGCCGAUGACCUAGUGCUGCUCCAGGCAGACAAGUAGACUUAUUCGCAGACUUUGCGCCACAACGACGAUGAGGAAGACACGAUAAUAUAUUAUAAUGUUAUAAUAUACUACAAUAAAAUAUAACAUUUUUAUCUAGGUUUAGUAUAAGAGCUCAACUACGAAAAAUACUGCAUCCCGAGUAUAAUAAAUUAUUAUUAUAUUAUUAUUAUUAUUAUUAUUAUUAUUAUUACUACUACUAUUAUAGUACCUAAUUGUACGAUUAUGAUAUAAUUAUUAAGGGAUUAUUAGGGCAGAGAAUUAUAUGAACUAAAAACCAACUAAAUAAUAUUUAUGAUGAUAAGCCCUAAAAAUUAACAAAUUAUGCCCAAAAAUAUGCUCUAAGAAAAAAGUAAAUUCUAAUGUAGUGAUAUGAUAUUUUAAUACCAAAGUUUAAUAUUAAAUUAUACUUUUGAAUACCUAGGUUUAUACCUAAAAUAUCUACUAAUAAAAAUGUGAUCUUUAAAAUAAUAAUAAAAAUUAUAAAUGUCUAACGUCUAAUGUUAAAAAAAAAUUCACUAAUUAUUAAUAUUUCCUUGAAAAGCAGCUUUAAGUUUUACUUUUAUUGAGUCUGAAAAUCAAACAUUAUGUUUGUUAUUUUCUCAAAUGUAAAAAUAUUGUAAUAUUGAAAUGUUAGUAGGUACUUUAUUUCAGAAAUAUCUAAAUUAUGCAUCAAAAUUUAAAGUGGAUGAAAUCCCAUAACGAAUCCUAUAUAAUAUUCCAUUUAACGUACAAUAUCAUUCAGCCGGAAACAUAUUUUGGUAUAAAACUAUAACCCAGCUAUUUUAUUUUACCAACCAAUAAAUUGAUACAAAAGCAUACAAAUAUUUUGUUCCCGGGUUAUAAUAAAAUCAAGCAUAGGUCUAGACAGAAUUGUCUUCUUUAUUAUAUCUGCAGGGUCUUUCGCGUGAUCAACUCUCUAUUUUAUCGCUCCGACCAAAACGCACAGACUCAACCUAACGAAAUCCGCUCCGUAAUAUUCUAUAAACGAAAUAAAUAUCUAAAAACAAAAUUACCGUCUCAAAAGAUACUUUCAAAUCCGUAUUUCUAAUGCGUUCCGUCUUUAAAAUAAAAACGUCUAUCGCAGUGUAAAAUUAUAGUUGAACGACUACAUAAUAAUAUGUCGUUAUUAUUAUUAUUACAACUGAUUACAAUUUAUUCUGAUCCAACCUAACCAUUUGACUAUGAUUGUCGUGAUGAUAAUAAUGGUUAUAGUUCAUUAUGUAUUACAAUAUUUUACGGCGGCCAACCGACAUUUCGUUUUUAAGCGGUAUCUAAUGCGGCUACGGAAAGUCUCUCGAAUUAAAAUGUUUUUUAAUUAAAAUUUAAAAUAGUAAAUAAAUUAGUAUCAUUAUUAUUAUUAUUACAAUUUCGACGAUAAUAGCGGUUGUCGUGUCAAGUUUUCAAUUAAUUUUUCGCAUGUCGAUAUAUUUAUUGGUGUUAUAUUAUAUGUAUAUUAUAUUUUCGUAGAAACGUGAUUUAAUAAUAUAUAUAAUUAUACAUUGCAGUGCUCAAUCGUCGUUUUUAUUUCCGAUUUCGAUUUGUGACACUUACAUUUACUUACGAUUACAGUAACUAUUAUCAUAUAGCUGUUAAUAUUUCUAUUCCAUUCUCGAAAACGGUUAUAGUUGGUUUAUAAUAUGAUGUUUUCCUACGCGUUUAUUCUGUGACGUAUUUACGGUAUGUCUUGUAGUAUAUUAUGAGAGAGGUGUAAUUUCUCACCCCAUAGGUACCACAAUUAACAUUUCAAUUUGUUUUCGAGUCCAGCUGAGAUUUUUCCCUAAUCGCUUUACAUUUUUAAGUCCUAAAAAUGAUAUGCUUCCAUUGCUUGGUAUAAAUUUGAAAAAUAUUAAAAAAUGCCUAAAACUUUUAUUUAUGAAAAUAAGAAUAUUGUAUGUUACUAUAUAAAUUCGUAUUUAUUUAUUUUAAAAUGUAUAGUUCACACGCAUUCAAAGUAUCAUGAUAUUAUUAUAAAUAAUCCAAAUUUCAAUUGGAGCUUGAAUAUUAUAGGUAAAUGUUUUUAUAAUACCCUCCACCGACGGAUUUGAAAAGGUUCUAAAUCCGCGCAACUAGCUGUAUAUAAUUUAGUUAGGUACAUUAUGCCGGUAAUAUUAUUAUUAUUUAUUACGUACACCUCUUACCAAUAUGGAAAUGAAUAAAAAUCGACGGAUUGACAUGAAACAAGCGCGUCGUCUAAUUUAAAAAAAAAUUUUGAUUUCGGUCACUUAUUAUUAUUAUUAUUAUUAUUAUUGUAAAGUGUAGAACAUUAUAACAAAAAUUAUUAUUACUAUUAUUAUUAUUUGAUAUUAAAUAUGAUGGAAAUUAAAACAAUUAUAAAGUUAACUAUUUAUAGUGUUUUAUACUGUAAACAGAAAAUAUAAAAAUCGAAAAUAAACUUGUAAAAUAAUAAAUAAUACAAAACUAAUUUAACGCCACUUUACCAAUAUAACAUGUAAAUAUAAAAUUACAUAUUAUUUAAAAUGUAUAAUAUUAUAUAAUAUAAACAUGAUGAUAUUAUACAUAAUUUAUAUAAAAUAAUAUAGUCUACGUGUUUCAAAGUCGAUUUCAUCGUCGACGAAUAUAAUAUAGCUCAUUCGAUUUUAUGGCACGCGUCGCAUCGAUUAUAAUAUUAUACUAUACAAUAAUACAAUAUGUGUAUGUAUAUGGUAGAUCAUAAUAUUAUCAAAAACAAAAUUUAAAAAACUUUUGACAGUUAAUCAAAUUCAAUUAUUAUUAUUAAUGUAUUAUUAUUAUUAUUAUUAUUAUUAUUAUUAUUAUUAUUAUUAUUAUUAUUAUUAUUAUAUCGUUUCGUGUUAUUGCGAUUUUCCUUUCCGCCUGUUAAAAUGAACAUGGUUUUGAUUUUAUUAAAUUAUUUUUAUAAACGACGAAACUAUAUAUAUUAUAUUAUUAUUAUAUAAUUCGAUUAAUGAAUGCGCAUGUACAAAAAAAAAAACAAAACGAAAACAAAAAAAUUAUUAUUUAUAAUUACGAAAUAAUAACGAUAUUAAUAAUAUAAUAUAUUGUUAUUCAAUUGAUCAGUAUUAUAUUCUAAUACGAUCAUAUUACAAAUACAAAUCAAUAUAUAUUUUAUGUAAUCAAUAUGAUGUAUAAUAUUAGGACGGAAUUAUUAUUAUUUUUUUUUUAACACUUUCAGUGAUACUGUUGCGUACCCAGAAGUCCAGACAAUAUCUACGAAUAUAUUACAUAAUACAUAUAUGCAGUGACGUAGUCAUGGUUUUCUUCUUUUUUGGGAAGGGGUGGCUCUUAGGAUCCCUUACGAUAUGAUUAGUAUGCUGAUUUCACGGGUAUACAACAUUUUGCUGCAACCUUCAUAGUUAUUAUUACGCAGAUACGCAGAUUACAUAAUACGUUCACACAACACAGACCAUUUAAAAAUUGUUCUGAAAUUUCCUGGAGGAAUUCAGUGACCUCAGCUUCUCUACCCCCCCCCCCCUUCACAAUUUGCAUGACCACGUCACAAAUUAUGUAAUAUUGCUCCAUAGGCGCCACUAGACUAAAUUGUUAUCGGCCGACUAAUACAGUAAUACCCAUCCAAUCAAUUGAUUCUCGCCCCAACAUGUUCCUAUAAAAAAUCAUUGAAUUAAUUAAGAAAUCUUUAGCAUGCAUAUUUUUGUAUGAUAAUUGAUAUUCCACAAGCAUGAUAUCAUUAAAAAUAUAAACCGUGGUAAUUAUUAUUAUUAUCAGAUCAUUCUAUACAACUAAUCUAAAAUAAAAUACUUCAAAACAUAAAAAAAUGAAUUUGAACAAUAGGAAAACACAAUAUUUAUUGAAUAUGUAUGUAAAAAUUAAGAAUUAUGGCUUGGAUUUUUUAUGGUAUUAAUUUUGAGUCCGUGGGUCUUCCAGACACACUAUAGCAACCCUCUAGUUGCGCCUAUGUUUGACUCCACGUCAUGCGAUAUUAUAAUAUAUUAUAUUAUGUGUACGAUACUCAUUUUUGCAAUACCGUCAUUGUCCAUUAAAAUCUCUCGAUUUUCUGUCGUCACGACGAUGUAUGCCGUCUGAGCUGCACGUCCGUUACCUUAAAAGUUAACCUAUUGAAAAACAUUUUAAAAUCAAUACCAAUCAAAUAAUAACGGGAAUAAUAAGUAAAACGAUUUAAGUACAUAUUUAUAAUCGUUAAGGACAGUGGCGAAUCAGCUAGUAUACCUAUUAUAUUAUAAUAUCAUUAUUUGUAUACGCUAUAGUAAAAGUAGGUAUAAUAUUCUAACUCUGUAGACGACAUCACUGUAAGAUUAUUAUUAUUAUUAUUAUUAUUAUUAUUAUUAUUAUUAUUAUAACCGUUAUAGGCCUAUGCGAUUUGAUUUAUUUUACGUACACUUUUUAAAAGCACUUUCAACUAAUUGUGACUCGCACAUUUUAAAGAUAUUAAAAUUUAAAAAUAAUAAAAUAUCAAAUUAAUGCCGCAUGUUAGAAUGUGUAUUAAGCAUAAUUUAUACGUUUGUACGUGCGUCGAAUAUAUUAUAUAAUAAUUACGUCUUGACGUAAAAAAAUUUGACUUCCUUAGAAUUAAUAACGUAUGAAAAUAACAAUAAUAAUAUUAUAAUACAAAUUAAUUAAACGAUAAAUGGUAGUUGUUUUAAAAUGUACAAAUAACUACCAUCGGAUAUUCUAAAUCUUGUAUUAGGUUAAUGUGAAUCUAUAAGAAAAAAUAUUGUUAUAAUUUAAGUUUGUAUGUGUAGUUUAUUGUCACGAGAUAAUUUUGUGUUUCAUUCCGGUUAAAAAUAUUACUGUUUAUUAUAUUAUAUUAUUAUAAUUUAUAUUAUAUUAUUACCUUGUAUUCACUUGUUUACCACCUGUUUGUAUUCGCUGUUAGACGAAACGUAAUAUGUUAAUAAAAUUAUAUUACGUUUAACCCUCGUGAAAAAAAAUUGUGUCGAUGAGAAACAAAAACACUAUAUAAGGUUCUAAUUAUUAUUAUUAUUAUUAUUAUUAUUAUUAUCUAUUUGGGUGCUUCCGUUCUUUGUGUUAGCAAACAUAAUAUAUUAUAUUAUAUUAUAAUUUAUUAUGUAAAACGACAUGCAUGUACUUAUACGCUUACACAUAUUUAUUGAACGCAUAUUAUUGUAUGCAUGUGUUUUUAUGUGUACACGUAUAUAGUAUUAUAUUAUGUAUAUUAUUAUUAUUGUUUAUAUUGUUUACGUGUCGGUAAUAUUAUUUUAAGUUAUACAUAAUAUAAAAUAUAAAUGUAUAAUAAUAUAAUAUAUACGUUUAAGUACUAUAUAAUUACAUAUAAUAAUAUGUAUAUCUGCAGUGUACGAUAAAUUAUAGUCUACUAAAUCUCACUGAGCUCAAUAAAUAAAGUGAAGCGAACCAAAACGCCGCCAGGAGCGAGCAAGUGUUUUUCUUUGCGUCGUUGUCGCCGCUGUUCCUUUUACUCUGCAAUUAUUAUAUGUUAUCAAUAUUAUGUCCAUAUAGGCGCAAAUCCUAAGAGUGCUAUGAGAAAGGGUCAAUGGAACUCUAUGGAUUUUAGAGCUGGCACCAUAAAACCCACAGCCAUUAAUUGCCUCAAAGAAGGGUUGCGGUGGGAGGCGUGGAUAGACUAUUAUUUCACACAAAUUUCUACCGAGUUUCCCUAUUUCAAAAAUUGGUACGUAAUACUAAGAAUAGUACAUAGUUUUUAGAAAACAUUAGGCCGUAGCCAUUUUCCUCCAAAAACGAGAUACCGUUUUCCUCCACUGUUCAUUUUCCUCCAAAAAAAUAAAAAAUAAUUCUUGACCAUUUUCCUCCACUUUCCAUUUUCCUCCAAUAAAUAAUAAAUAAAAUAAUAAAAUAGUUAAUACAAAUAAUUUAUACAUAGCAAGAAAAAAAUAAAUUGAUAAUAAUAUUAUAAUUUUUUAUAAUUAUUGUACAUUUCAGCAACAAGUGAAUACCUUUUUAAAGAAAUGUAUGUUAUAUGUACGUAUCUUUAUUAGGCUUAAUCGAUAGCUGAUAUAGAUAGCCGAUACCAGAAUGUAAUCAUCAACCGAUAAGUGCAAAAUGUGAUCCUAGCUUUACUCUAUCUUAAUAAAACGGAACGUAAUACUAGUAUACUACAACAAAAAUAUUGGAGGAAAGUAGAUAUAACUUGA